AAAAUCAAGCUCGGUGGGUGCAGCAAUUUAUCUUUGAUAUGGAAGAGUUGUAUAGAGCUACAGGAGAUGAGUACUUCAAUAUCAUCAUCACUGAUUACAGUAGUACAGACAUGGAUGUUGAAAAAGCUCUGAAACAUAGCAUGCUGACCAGGUAUCAAUAUGUGAAACUUGAGGGGAAUUUUGAGCGCUCAGCCGGUCUACAGGCUGGAAUAGAUGUAAUUAAGGAUGAGCACAGCAUUGUUUUCCUGUGCGAUUUGCACAUAUACUUUCCUCCAGGUAUAAUUGACAGUAUCAGAAAACAUUGUGUGGAAGGGAAGAUGGCAUUUGCCCCAAUAGUAAUGAGGCUGAACUGUGGCUCCUCCCCACAGGAGCCUGAUGGAUAUUGGGAAAUGAAUGGAUUUGGCUUGCUAGGAAUCUACAAAUCGGAUCUUGACAGGAUUGGUGGGAUGAAUACGAAAGAAUUCCGUGACCGUUGGGGAGGAGAAGACUGGGAACUACUGGAUAGGAUUUUCCAGGCUGGGUUGGAAGUGGAGAGAUUAUAUAUGAGGAACUUCUUUCAUUUCUACCACUCCAAGCGUGGAAUGUGGAAUAGGAAACAAGUAAAAGUGACGUAGUAACAAUGACUGUAGGAAGUCUGGCUAUCAUGCACUUUAUCCAGUCAUAGGAUUGAACUGCCCUAUCCAAAAACAAAUGGAGUACAGCCCCUGUGUUGUCUUAGGUAAAAUGUAUCUGAAGACAAUGGAAUUGCUGCUGUAAUUACUCAGGCUACUAAGCAAUGAUUUUGUGAUCUUCAACCCAGGAAAACAUUACAAAGAACCUCUCUCAAUAAUUAAGUUUGUAAGUGGUGAAAAGUUCCAAACAAAAUGUUUAUAUUUUUUUAUUCAAAGAAAUGUAAUGAUCCUGAUAUGUUAGGGUCCAAAACUAGAAUUAUGCUAUGGUACAAUAAAACAAAAAAAGCUGGCUUUUUUCCAUAAGGGAGAUGUGUUAGGUCAAAGCAACAGUAACAUUUUUUGGGAUUGGUUCUGCUUAAAUCUUAUUCACUGUGUGGCACCAUUAUAGGAACAAGGUUAUAAGGAUGCACAGUUUGUUUUGGCUCACCUGAGACACCUCAUGAACCUACCAGAGCAAUCAGUUCUAUUGUCAUAGACUAAUAACUUGCUGACACCUUGGAAGAUACACCUUUCAAUGGAAUUAAUUAAAAUAUUGUGCAUCAAGGUUCUAGGAUGAGCUAGAUUUGCUGUAUUUGUAACCAUCUCAUUUUGGGAAGGGGAGAUUUAAUGGUCAUAUUUUAAGAUUUUAAUAUGCUGGGAAAUACGUAAAAUAAGCAAGAUCAGAUUCAUUCUUUUCAAUUAAUUUUAUUACCAGUUCAGUUUGUAAGGUUGAGCAUAUGAUUUUUCUUUGUGUGUAUAUUUCCAAGGUAAAUAUUAUUGCUACUGUUUCCAUUUUUAACACUUUUAAUAGUUUACACCACCUAUAUAUUUAGCAAACCCAGUAUAUUUUUUGUUUGCUACCAGUUGGGCCAUAUUGAUGGCUUAGAAUUUCUACGCAUGGUUGUACACAACAGCUAAGUUGCAGAGCUGUGAUUUAGCUUCAUUUUAGAUGCAGGAUCAUCUUUGGGUAAAUAAACUGCAAUGAAAGGAGUCAUUUCAGCUGUUUCUGUUUUGCCAUAGGGCCAUGAAAUUAAAUGUUGCAACCUUGGAAUAACUUUCUCACUUUUCAUCAGGUUUAUUUCUGAAGUACGAAAUUAAAAAUAUUUCUGACCAGAUAGUUUGCUAAGUUGGUUAAGUAAUGGUUUGAUGCAGACUGAGUGCACAAAAUACCUUAAAUCUCUUUUAUUCUCCUUUGUACAAAAGUAACUUAAUACUUCAAAUACAAAUUAACUCUGCACCUAUAUUUAUACUUGACUCUGCAGGAUACACAGGCAUUUUUGCUGCACUGUGUUUGUAACCAAGUACCUCAAUUAUGAGUCUUAAGUAUAGCUCACAAAACUCAUCUGAAUUUAUUUUUGUAUGGAGAUAGAUGUGAGAAAAUUAGGUACUUUUCAAACACAUUUUGGGUACUUAAAUAAAACAAAGUGCUGGAAAUACUCAGCAGGUCUGGCAGCAUCUGUGGAGAGAGAAACUGAGUUAACAUUUCGAGUUGAAUAUGUUCUGAAGAAGCGUCACCUUUGAUUUGAAACGUUAACUCUGUUUCUCUCUCCACGGAUGCUGCCAGACCUGCUGAGUAUUUCUGGCAUUUUCCGUUUCUAUUUCAGAUUUCCAGCGUCCUUGGUAAUUUGCUUUUAUUUUGAGUACUUAAAUUACCUAGGGAGUUUAGAAGAACCAUUAGUGAUAUCAGUACCCUUUUGAUCAAAGCUCUUUCCAAGAGUGUAGACCUUGUGUUACUGUAGAUUUUUUUUAAACUGUACCUGUACAGUGUAGUUGUUGUCUUUAAAGUUGCUGGGAUGAAGGGUUAAUGAUUUCUGUGAAAUUGCCAAGUUGUGUGUAAUCAUGAUUUUUGGAAAUAAAAGUUUUUUUUUGAAA